AGGGGCCCAGCCCAAGACCACCACACACCAAGCCUUAGAGCCCACUCGACCGAAGAGCCUCCAGCCGGACCCGGCCCGUGCCCAAACCCACAGACAGCCACCAGCCACCAUGUGUGACGAAGACGAGACCACCGCCCUCGUGUGCGACAACGGCUCCGGACUGGUCAAAGCGGGCUUCGCCGGGGAUGAUGCGCCCCGAGCCGUGUUUCCCUCCAUCGUGGGCCGCCCCCGACACCAGGGCGUCAUGGUAGGCAUGGGUCAGAAAGACUCGUACGUGGGCGAUGAGGCUCAGAGCAAGAGGGGUAUCCUGACCCUGAAGUACCCCAUCGAGCACGGCAUCAUCACCAACUGGGACGACAUGGAGAAGAUCUGGCACCACACCUUCUACAACGAGCUGCGCGUGGCCCCCGAGGAGCACCCCACCCUGCUCACCGAGGCCCCCCUCAACCCCAAGGCCAACCGCGAGAAGAUGACCCAGAUCAUGUUUGAGACCUUCAACGUCCCCGCCAUGUACGUGGCCAUCCAGGCCGUGCUGUCCCUCUACGCCUCCGGCCGUACCACCGGUAUCGUGCUGGACUCCGGCGAUGGUGUGACCCACAACGUACCCAUUUAUGAGGGCUACGCGCUGCCCCACGCCAUCAUGCGCUUGGACCUGGCUGGCCGGGACUUGACCGACUACCUGAUGAAAAUCCUCACUGAGCGUGGCUACUCCUUCGUGACCACCGCCGAGAGGGAGAUUGUGCGGGAUAUCAAGGAGAAGCUGUGCUAUGUGGCCCUGGACUUCGAGAACGAGAUGGCCACCGCGGCCUCCUCCUCCUCCCUGGAGAAGAGCUACGAGUUGCCCGAUGGCCAGGUCAUCACCAUCGGCAACGAGCGCUUCCGCUGCCCCGAGACCCUGUUCCAGCCAUCCUUCAUCGGGAUGGAGUCGGCCGGCAUCCAUGAGACCACCUACAACAGCAUCAUGAAGUGCGACAUUGACAUCCGGAAGGAUCUCUACGCCAACAACGUCAUGUCUGGGGGCACCACCAUGUACCCCGGUAUCGCUGACCGCAUGCAGAAGGAGAUUACCGCGCUGGCCCCCAGCACCAUGAAGAUCAAGAUCAUCGCACCCCCCGAGCGCAAGUACUCCGUGUGGAUCGGCGGCUCCAUCCUGGCCUCGCUGUCCACCUUCCAGCAGAUGUGGAUCACCAAGCAGGAAUACGACGAGGCCGGUCCCUCCAUCGUCCACCGCAAGUGCUUCUAGGCCGCGCCCGGGGGCCGUGACGGUCAAGGGGACGAGGAUCGCGGGGCGGGCCGGUGGCCGAUCCUCGUGGCUGUGGUUGCGAGCACGGGCGUUGCGGAGGCUCUGUCAAUGUACAUAAACUAAUUUAUUUACCUCGUUUUGUUACGUUUGACCCGCACCUCGCGGGAAGGAGCGGGGAACGCCAAGAAGCAUUAAACUGGCAGCCAUUCCGUAUCGCCCGGAGA